AGGUCACAGCUCGUCGGUCAUCCAUCCUCAGAGCUCCAGAGGGAGGGAGUGUACGAUCCUCAGAGCUCCAGAGGGAGGGGAGUGUACGAUCCUCAGAGCUCCAGAGGGAGGGGAGUGUACGAUCCUCAGAGCUCCAGAGGGAGGGGGGUGUACGAUCCUCAGAGCUCCAGAGGGAGGGGAGUGUACGAUCCUCAGAGCUCCAGAGGGAGGGGAGUGUACGAUCCUCAGAGCUCCAGAGGGAGGGGAGUGUACGAUCUUCAGAGCCGUGGAAGUUGGAAGAAGACCUACUCGCUGAGAAACAAAACCCCUCAGACGUCUGUUGGACCUCCCUCAGCUUCUACCUCCUCUUCUGGUCAUCAGUCCGUCUCCACCAGUGCAGCUAACAGCACGUCACUGCCCAGCCACAGCCGAGGAGAGGAAAGCGAUGCUGCCAAAGGGACUGCUUUGUCAUCAGUGGUCUCUCAGCACAGGAGAGAGGGACGCGUUGAGAACAGUGCAGGGAGUAGUGGAGUUAUAACAGAGAAGAAAAACACAUUUACUCAAAGCAAAGCAGCCGGGUCAGAGCACGACGAUGGAGAAGGAGGUUCAGGCUCAACAGUUGUUAACACCCAACAUCAAACACUUCUCCAGCAGGGGCCUGAACACAGACGUGCAGUCCUGCCAGAGAAGAAAGUCAGUGUUUCUGCAGAGGUGCCAUCUUCCCCCAAAGCCAAGACCUCCACCGAUUUGAAUAGCAGCCCCCUAAAGCCUCCCCUAUCAAAGAAAACCAGCACUGAGUCAAAACAUUCUAAUACCUCAAAACAUCCAGCCAAUCUCCCCACUGGUCAUACUGGUCUACCUCUCUCUGCCCCGUCUAAAAUACCAAAACAGCUGGCAGUGAAGCCUGCAGCACACUCCAGCCACAGCCAAGUGAGUGCUUCUUAUUUAAAAAAGUCAAAGUUCACUUGGGUUAAGAGUCGAAACGUGGAGGGAGCAGAGGCUAAACAAGCUAGCUCUGUUUCUUCACCAGCAGCCAAAGCUGUGACCGUCGCCCCGACGUCGACCUCCAAAGUCGGGGUUGCUGUUGGAAGCUCCCCCUUACUCCCAACUGGUAAAAGAACCCCCAACAAGAAGCUACCUCGAAAGCUAAGCCCAGUCACUGUAGCCCCAAAGACCUCCAAGUACAGAUGGGUCUCCUCCUCUGCGGGUUCACAAACUAAAAUAUAUAGAAAAUCAACUCCUCCCAAAGCUCUGGAGAAGAGAGAGGCCGCCAAGAAAGUCAGAACACCCUCCGCUCCUUCCGCUAAGUUCAAAAAGGGCACCGCAGGUUCCCCGUCCGGCUCCUCGCCGAGCAGCCGGUACCGCUGGAAGGCGGGAGGUCAGAGUUCUUUUGCAGCAGUGCAAGGAGGCACAUCAGUGGUCCGUCGUAAAUCUGCGUUCCACUGGACGUCGGACAAAAGCUGCAAAAGUGUAAAAGGAGGGCUUGUUUCUCCUCCCUGCCAGCGUACCUCCUUUACACCCUCCCCCGGUGGGUUCAAGCUCCGCAGCAGGAUGAAGAUCAUCAGGAAGUCUGCCACAAAUGGAGGAGGGUCAGCAUCAAAGGUCUCCCCCCGGAGCAGGAUCUACAGCUCAGCCCGGUCUCCCACAGGAGUGAGGAGGACUCCCUCCAGAGAGCUCGUGUCUUUCGGUCUACACAAGUUGAGGCGGCUGUCCCCGACCUUAUCAAGAACAAGACGGUGUCUUGUGCAGCAGGACGAGCUCGGUAUAGCGCUCUGCCACGGUGCACUGUAACAUUUGGCAUUUUAAACAACCUCUCAGGACCCGGGCGGGGUUGGGGGGGGAGGAGGGGGGGAGUGCAUGCUGGUGAUCGGACCCCCUACAGUAUGUCCACAUGAGGAACUCCUCCCUGUCCGUGUUGUAAAAACCCUCCUCCUCCUCCUCCCACCGCUCUUCAAACUGUCAACUGGCCAUAAUUAAAGUUCUGACUCAUUUGAGGUCAACGUGAAGAUGGGCUUCUCUGGCCUCGAGGACGAGCAAUUAACGGUCAACAACAUCGUCAGAGUCCUGGAUGACGCUCGUUUGUUAACAUUGAAAUAGCUCCAGAUGAUUGAAUUAUUUAGAAAUCUCGGUAUCUGUCUUUUUUUUUUUUAAAUGUCCAAUGCUGUUUUUGUAUUUUCUUUUCUU